CGAUUCUCCUUUUGUCUACAAUAAACUCGGCUUGCCAAAUAAGGAUUGAGGCACUCAAACGGUUAAGCACAGUUAGCAACUUCAAUUGGCGAUAUUGUCAACAAAAAACGUACAGAAACUUGUGUGAUAUCGUUCGGCAGUUGUGGUGAAGUUCGUUGUAUGUUUUUAAACGGUUUUUGUGGGUAAAAUGGGUAUUUUUAUUGUGUAAAUUUGUUUGUGAACCAUGGAAUUCGAGACGCCUAGCAAAGAAGCUUUGGUUCGCCUAGUGCAGAAAUGCUUGAGCCAGAAUAGUGAGGGUUUCAUCGAGCGAGAUCAAUUCAUCGAGUUCUGCUCCGAUUUAAGCGUCAGCACAGACGAACUGGACAGCGUUUUUAACGAAUUAGACAAUGACAGAGAUGGUAGAAUCAAUGUUAGCGAUUUUACUUCGACUUUUGAACAAGUAGCGACUUUUAAAUCUGAUAAUACGAGCGGCGAAACAGUGAAUGGUCUUGUUGUCGAUAAAUCAUUAUACGAAUGUCAAGUGAACAAUCUAGAGAGCCCAAUGCAAGUUAUCAGUACGAACGGGUAUGUAUAGAAUUAGAAGGCAUGAAAUUCAUGAAUUGUGUUUAUAUCAUGGUCAAUUUACAACGUGAUGGUGUUUAUAAAAUUAUUCAACAGGCUGCUGUGGUUUUGUCUGAACUCCUGAAAAGGAUUAAAGUUCGGUGAAAUUUUUGCAGUACAAGCUAUUCCUUAGCGGAUUGCGGCUAUAUUUAAGGUGGUACAGACACGAACUACGGCAGCUUAUUAAUAUUAUGGUCCUUUUAUCGAAACUUAAGCUAACCACAGGAAAUAUUACUGAGUCUGUAUUUACCUAAGUUCAUGUAAACCUGUAAUGCAAAUCCAGUCCUUCAGCAUCGGAUGAUGACUUUCAAUUUAAUUAUUUUGGUUUCAUUUUAAUAAUUUUCGUAGUUUCAGUUAGUAAUGUUAGUUCUCAAGGCUUAACCGACUUUUAGAAAUCCAGGAAUAUUACCUGACAUAUGUCGUGAAUUAACACUCGUCGCGGUGCUUGUUUGAACGCUUGCUUCUCAGCGGGGAAUUGAGAUAUUAAUCUCGCUGGCAAGUUGACAUGGUUGCUUUGUAAUGAGUAGAAAUAUGUCUUCUUCGUAAUAGUCUUUCGCUAGUCAAAACUUUAGAACGGUUGGCAAUUGGUUCAACCGUAGAUUAUAUCGCUUUAUAGAUUAAUUUUCAAACUGUUCGUUCACAUGCAACGCGUCGAUGUAGUGUCUAGAAUGUACACACAGCUCCGGGUGUUAAAGACAUAUGCAAUGUAGGCUUUCAAAAUGACGUGCGUCGAAGAUUUAAAACCACGCCAUUAACAUUUUUGAGGGCAAUUAUUUCGAGAUAUAUGCGCUAUUAAUAUGCCAUUACAUAUAUACAGGCCAUAACAUGUACUAAACUAACUUUAUUUAUUUAUUUAUUUAUUCUGGAAAGCUCUAUCACUUAUUUAAAACUGUUUUCCCUAGAGGUAUACGUCCACUACAGGAGGAAACCUAAACUAACUUUAUUUAUACUGAAUAGCUCUAUCAGUUCUAAACUGUUCCGCUUCUCAGUGGAGAUUAUAUUUCGGUAAGAACUAUCUCUUAUUGAUCCAGUGUUCCUGCAGGAUCCGAAACUUGAACUAAACUAACUUUAUUUAUACUGGAUAGCUGUAUCUGUGCUAAACUGUUCUUUCUAAAGACUACGAUUAUCAGUUCAAAACAGGACUUCCUAAUCUCCUAGAGGACGCAAAUGGGAAAAAGUGACAAUGGGAAACCUUUUCUCAAGUACACGAGAAUAUCAUAUAUCAGAUAAGAAUCAGAACAAUCUCACGUACGUAGCAAAAUCAUGUCACUUGAGAAUAUCUCAUUAUUUCACAUUUUGGAAAGAGUUAAAUGUUCGGCAAUACGUCACUCCAUUGUCACUGACGCAUUUAUGGGAAUUAUCUGCAGUAAGGUGUGGUAUAUAAAAAAGAAACGUUUUUCUGUAUAAAAAUAGCAACGUAAUUAUAGACAAUUUAAAGGGUUUUUAUAUACAAUAGUUACAGAAUUAAAAUAUCAGUCAUGAUCAGAAUAAGGAACGAAUAUUCUAGACUAUUUUUAUAGGCUACGUUUUUAUUUCCAUAACAAGUAUAAGACUGGAAAAUUUGAAGAACUCAAUUAUCAUCUAACUUUAUUUAUACUGGAUAGCUCUAUCAGUUCCAAGCUGUUCUCCCUAGAGAUCCUGCAGUAAGGAUUAUCUCUUAUUGAUCCAGUGUUACUGCAGGAGAAAACCUAAACUAAACUAACUUUAUUUAUACUGGAUAGCUCUAUCAGUUCUAAACUGUUCUCCCUAUAGAGGUCCAUUAAGGAUCGUCUCUUAUUGCCCGGUGUGGAUAUACACUCAGAGUAACAUCACAAGCAUCAGUUUUAAACUAGUUAAACUGUUCUCCCUGGAGGCUAGAGGUCCAGUAAGGAUCGUCUCUUAUUGACCAGUGUUACUACAGGAGGAAACCUAAACUGAACUAACUUUAUUUAUACUAUAGCUCUAUCAGUUCUAAACUGUUCUUUCUAGAGAUCCAGUAAGGAUCAUCUCUUAUUGAUCCAGUGUUACUGCAGGAGAAAACGUAAACUAAACUAACUUUAUUUAUACUGGAUAGCUCUAUCAGUUCUGAACUGUUCUUCCUAGAGGUCCAGUAAUGAUCAUCUCUUAUUGAUCCAGUGUUACUGCAGGAGAAAACGUAAACUAAACUAACUUUAUUUAUCAUGGAUAGCUCUGUCAGUUCUAAACUGUUCUCCUUUGAGGCAUAUGGUUGCAGAGGUCACUUUGGUCAAUAAACGAUUUAGGUCAAUAAACGUAUGCGUGUUUAAACUAUUAAUGCUUUGCCAGCCCACAGCUGGAUACUAAAUUUGUAUGGAAACCGUUAUUGAAAACAAACAAUCGCAUGUGGAAUUGUAAAUUAGACAUUAUUUAAAUAACAAUCAUUGCGUGUAUAUAUAGCCAAGACAUUCGCACGAACGCCAAUUUUGUGGUAAUGUAGGCUUAUUUCGCAUGUUAUGGCGCAUGGUAUAAUUUGCCCAGGGUAGUUCAAAUAUUCAGCGUCCAAGUGGUCUUUUUCUAAUUUGAGAAAAAUAUGGGCAAAUAGUUUGAGAAAUUUAUAGCAUGGUUGUUUAAUAGAAAAAUUAUAUGAAUUAUAACAUAUAAAACUGUUUAUGAUCCAAAAAUCCGUAUUAAUUCGGCUGCAUUUCGUGAAUUUUGUUAAUUUCUAGCCGAUAUCAGGAUGCUUGUUCCCAGUUGUUGUGACAAGUCUGGAACAAGUUGUUAUCACCUUGUUACAAGGUUGAUGAUGGUAACAGACUUGCUACAAGUUGUUCCAACAAGACUAAUACAGGCUGUUCGUAACAAGUUGCUACGAGCUUGUUGUCAUCAACUUGUUAACAACUUGUUACGUGCAGACGAUAUCAGACUUGUUGGAACAACUUGUUGAGAGUCUGUUGGCCUCGUUACACACGUAAAAACGCACAAGUUGUUACAGGUCUGCAAACAAGUUGUUACAAAUCUGUUCACAAGCUGUCGACAAGUUGUGUUCGCACUGCUUGUUCCCAGUUGUUGUAACAAGUUUGGAACAAGCUGUUAACAACUUGUAACAAGCUUGAUGGCAUGAUCAGACUUGUUACAAGGUUUUUCUAACAAUUCUGAUAAAGUCAUGAUAUAACAAGAAUGUUACAAGGUUGAUGACACAAGGUUGUAACAAUAUUGUUAUAUUAUGACUGUAUCGGGCUUGUUGGAACAACCUUGCAACAGGUACGAUAAUAUCAACAAGGUUGUUACAAGUUGUUAACAGCUUGUUCCAAACUUGUUGACAACUUGGGACAAGCAGUGCGAACACAACUUUGUUGACGGCUUGUUGGCAGACUUGCUACAAGAUGUGAGAUUUUUGCGUGUGUAGGUGUCAACAUUCACUGUCAACGACCUGUUCAAUUUUUCAUUCCUUAAAUAAAAAUUAACAAUAAAAAUUAUUUAUUUUCUAUCAAUUUAUAGCCAACAGUACAUAUCAGAACUCUAUUACAAUCUCACGAAUUCGAACCAGCCAGACCUCCUCGAUCUUUUUGAGAAACACUUGGCAAGCGUCGUAAAGGACAUCAAGGCCAAAGCCGCCGAAAAUCAGAGAUUGGAAGACGCUUUGAAAAGGUAUGGUGCUACUGGAAUCGUUGAGUACUUAGGGGGUGGGUUCUUUGCUCCACUCGUCUUUACUUAGAGGGCAAAGUGGCCUUUCAACACUUGUAAACAUUGAUGUAAUCUUUGUAUAUUUCUACAACAGGGCAACAAAACAACAUGCAAGGCAAGUCAAUAACUUGGACAGGGAGGUCGAACAGCAAAUGGAAAAGUUGGAAGAAAAAGUUCGCCAGGAGGUGAGCAUCGUAUGCUUAAUUUAUAUAUACCGUUAUCAUCUCUUAUUGAUUCAGUGUUGUUACAGGAGGAAACCUUUACACUUUAUUUAUACUGGAUAGCUGUAUUAGUUAUAUAAACUGUUCUUAAUCCUAAAGGUCCAGUAAGGAUCAUCUCUUAUUGAUCCAGUGUUACUGCGGGAAGAAACCUAGACUAAACUAACUUUAUUUAUACUGGAUAGCUCUACCAGUUGUAAACUCUUCUUCCUAGAGGUUCCGUAAGGAUCAUCUCUUAUUGAUCCAGUGUUACUACAGGAGGAAACGUAAACUAAACUAAGUUUAUUUAUACUGGAUAGCUCAAUCAGUUCUAAACGGUUCUUCUUAGAUAUCUUAUUGAUUCAGUGUUUCUACAGGAAGAAACCUAAACUAAACUAACUCUAUUCAUACUGGAUUCUAUCAGUUCUAAACUGUUCUUCCUAGAGGUCCAGUAAGGAUUAUCUCUUAUUGAUCCAGUAUUACUACAGGAGGAAACCUAAACUAAACUAAUUUUAUUUACACUGGAUAGCUAGCGCUCUAUCAGUUCUAAACUAUUAUCCUUAGAGGUCCAGCAAGGAUCAUCUCUUAUUGAUUAAGUGUUACUACAGGAGGAAACCUAAACUAAACUAACUUUAUUUAUACUAUCAUCUUAAUCCUUUCUCUUUCUCGCUUAGGAAAAGUCUUCCUACGAGAAGAAACUAUCCGACUUCGAAUGGCAACUGGAAAGCAAGGACAAAGAAAUCUCGGCCAUGAAUAAAACGAUUGAUACUCUUCAAACGCGACUCGACAAAGAAGCGAAAAAACCGAAUUUUCGCCGCGAGGAAAUGGAAAAUACGGCACAAGAGAACAGAUACUUAAAAAGUCAAGUCACUGACUCACAGACUACACUCGCGUUGCUUCGUAGCGAGCUUGCUGAACUUAAAAGCCAGUUUGUCGAGCAGUCAGAUCAGCUGCAAAAGGAACAAAUGACGGCACAGUCUUCUGUUCACGAGCAGGAAAACUUAGCGCGGCAAUUACAGUUGCUGUACGAAGCGAAUCAAAGACUGCAGGAUGUUAACGAUGAAUUAAGGGGCGCUCUCGAAGUGAGGAAAAAUUUGAGUCCGGAGAGAAAGACCAGCUGUGAAGUUUUGAGGUUGUCUGGCGUUUUUCCUGAUCCGACUGGGUAAGCUUUAAUAUCAGCCAUUGUUGUAACGAGUCGUGAGUAACAGUCCCAAGUGACUCAACUCGGACUCGACUUCAAGCCCCAAAUGACUCGCGUCAACUCAGCUACAACUUGUUCAGGAUAAAUCCAUCAAGAAUAUUGUAGUUGAAUAGGUUAGGAAGAGUCCUGAAAGGACUUGAAGAAAUAUUAAGAUAUAAUUGUCCGUACAAAUAUGGGCAUCUUUCCUCUUGUAGAGAAAUUUUUGUUCACCUUUUUGUCCACCAUACAAUUCGUGUAGCCAUAGCCAUUGACUCGAUUCGACCAGAUAGUGGAAUCGAUUCGACCAGACAGUGGACUCGUGACUCGACCUGGGGCCGGUUGUAUAAAAAAGUGAUUAAACUAUAGUUAGUGGAAACGUCAUCCAUUAGGAAGCGCGUAUUUGAAAGUUAAUCGCUAUUUAACUACAAAAUAGUGAUUAAAAAAGUGAUUAAGAGUUUUAUACAACCGCCCCUGUUGGUGACUCGUUACAACACUCAUAUAAUCUCAAACUGUCGGCAGAACUUAUUUCGCUGACCUCAGAAUGACAUUUCGUCAAACCGAUUUUCUUCAAGAUUGGUUCGGUUAGGGUUAGGGUUAGCGUUGGUGUUUGGAAUAGAGUUAGUAAAACCGUUGCUUUGUUACGUUUUGUCACUCUGAGGCCAGCGAAAUAACCUCUAAUUCCCAAACUGUCUGUGCCGAUGUACGCAGUGUCGUCAACAUUAAGAAAGCUUUGUAUUGAUACGGAUGCAACUUUCUGUAAACUACAAGGAGUAUUUUGACGUUUCGAGCGAAGGCAUUACGUCUGGACCAUAGAGGAUCGGUCGUCAUCUAUGACCGGGGGGGGGGAGGCACCGAAGAUAAAAGGGUUGGGUAAACACAUAUGCAAACGGAGAUGAAUGACAAUAUAAUUAUCCAAUUAAAUUUUUUUGUAGAAAUCCUGAGUUCUCUUCCAGUUUGAAAUGUUCCAAUACGUUUCCGCGCAAUGCAACGCCGCCACUCGUGUCCAGACUCCCUGAAGGCACGGACUAUAAUGAUAAUACGUUUAACGAAGAUUCGUUGUUCUCCGAGAUACAUCGGGCAAGCACGGUGAGAAUUUCAGCAAGUACAUACAAAUACGGUGUUAGUAAAACUGUCGUAAUUUUACACCAGCCACCUUAAUAAUUAAUUUUUUUUGUAACAAAAAUGCUUGUCGCUACAUUCUAUGACUUUAUAAGCUUUCUAGUGAUAUAUAGUUUUACAUAGUUUGCAUAGAUACUCUGCAUGUUAUAAUUCAAUGUAAAAUGGCAUACGUUUUAGGUUAGGUUCCCCCUUAAUUAAGUGUCCACCAUAAAUACACACCAGCCACCUUAAGUACUCGCCACAAGUACACACUAGCCAUCUUAAGUUGCCAUCAUCAGUACACACCAGCCACCUUAAGCACCAACCGUAAUUACACUCCAGCACAUACAUAAGUACCCGCCUUAAUUACACACCAGCCACCUUAAGUACCCGCCAUAAUACACACCAGCCACCUUUAAUACCCGCCAAAAGUGCACAACAGUCACCUUAAGUACCCGACGUAAGUACACACCAGCUACCUUAAGUGCCUGUUGGCAAUACACGCCGGCCACCUUUAGUUUACAUAUCAAUACGUACCGUUAUUUAUAAUCUCACAACUUGUCAACAGGAUGUGUUCGCACUGCUUGUUCCCAGUUGUUGUGACAAGUCUGGAACAAGUUGUUAUCAUCUUGUUAUAAGGUUGAUGACGGUAACAGACUUGCCACAAGUUGUCCCAACUACACACGUUAAAACGCACAAGUUGUUACAAGGAUGUUGCUUGUUCCCAGUUGUUGUAACAAGUUUGGAACAAGCUGUUUAACAACUUGUAACAAGCUUGAUGGCAUUAUCAGCCUUGUUACAAGACUUUGCCAACAAGUUUGUUACAGCCAUGAUAUAACAAGGAUGUUACAAGAUUGUCAACACAAAGUUGUAACAAUCUUGUUAUAUCAAGCAUGUAACGGACUUGUCAAAACAACCUUGCAACAAGUCUGAUAAUUUCGACAAGGUUGUUACAAGUUGUCAACAAGUUGCUCCAAACCUGUUGACAACUUGUGACAAGCAGUGCGAAUACAUCUUGUUGACGGCUUGUUGGCAGACUUGUUACAAGAUGUGAGAUUUUUACGUGUGUAAUACAGGCUGUUCGUAACAAGUUGCUACGAGCUUGUUGUCAUCAACUUGUUAACAACUUGUUACGUGCAGACGAUAUCAGACUUGUUGGAACAACUUGUUGCGAGUCUGUUGGCCUCAUCAACCUUGUUACAAGAUGAUAACAACUUGUUCCAGACUUGUCAACAACUGGGGACAAGCAAUGCGGACACAUCUUGUUCAGAAACUGAUUGAUCAUUUAUACUUACUUUUAAACAGACGCAUAUAAACACAGAUGGACAAACUGUCAACGAAACAAAUACGGCAAGCGACGACAACGCUACGAACACUCACGACAACGAUAAAUACAAACUAACCUUUACCAAAACUGACGUUAACAACCCAAGUCAACAUCCCGAAAAACACAACCCUUUGGCGAAAAUAAUGAAUGCACUUGCAACUCGAAAUAACAGCAGAAAACCUUUUUUCAAAUUCACUAAAUUCGACCAAAGCAAGGAACAUUCCUCCAAUGUAUUGGAUGAACAAUGUGCUGGUUUUAGUAGCACGGAUUCUUUAACCGCUAAAUUUAGUAGUUGUGAUGAUUUAAUUGAAUGUUCGUAUGGAGAAUUUGAAACAGAUCUCAUGACUCGUUAUAACCCUAUUUCGUCCUCAGAUUCAUUUGCUCAGUUGAAUGAGUUUUUAUACGCUGAGGUAACUAAUAAUUUAGAGAAUACGAAAUUCAGAAUUAUAGACCUGUAUGACAGGGAAUUACUACUUUUAUUGGUUUCUACUUUCAUCCCAAACGUAAUCCGUUCUAAACUGUUCUCUCUACAGGGUGUAUAAAAAAAAACUGAACCCUUUCAAAUUCAAAUUAGCUAUAACGUAUUGUAGUAAUUUGACAGCUCUAAUUGCUUUGAAUUAAUGGUUGGGUAAGAACACAAGGUCUUGUACUCAUGGGACAAAACUCUUAAAACCUUUUAAAUUUUCUAAUUUUUAUUUCUUUGAGUUUCGUCCCAUGAGUACAAGACCUUGUAUUCUUACCCAACCAUUAAUUCAAAGCAAUUAGAGCUGUCAAAUUACUACGUUAUAGCUAAUACGUUAUAGCUAAUUUGAAUUUGAAAGGGUUCAGUUUUUUUUUAUACACACUGUAGAAGUCCGGUAGGAUCAUAUCUUAUUUUAUUGAUCCAGUGUCACUACAUGGGGAAACAUAAACUAAACUAAUCUAAAAUUGUAUUGGAUGGUUUUAUCAAUUAUAAACUGAACUAACUUUGUUCUAAGGUUCUAAACUAUUCUCGCUAAAGUGGUCCAACAAGGAUCAUAACAGAUUAGAUUAAAUAGAAACAAGCUACCCAAAGAAUGAAUGUACUAUCUAUUUAAUUUCUAUAUACUUUCCAGCCAUACAAGUCGGAUUCUGUCGACGAGGAUGAUGACGAAGCGUAUGGCACGAUGUCCAAAUCAAGAAAAACCGAAGUUCAAAGACAAAUACAAAUACUGGAGUAAGAAAUUCGUAAAAUUUAUUCAAUAACAACAUUUAUUUUCACAUUCAAACACAACCGAUCACGAAGAGAAUGUGUAUUCACGAUGUGUAUUCUCGUUAUUUUUUUUUAGGGACACAAAUAAGCGACUUAGUUCAAGUAAUGAUGAAUUAAGAGUUGCUCUGAAGGUAAGGUCA